AAUCACAUGACGGACGCGAUGGAUACAUCCCACAAACCUAACCCGCUCGAGCAGAAGACGAAUGCCCACAUAGAGAAGGUGUUCCUUAUCACGCUGAACAAGAACCCGCAGAAAAACAAACAGCUGGUGUACAUGGAGGACGUGGCGCAGGGUGUCGAGAGUGGGCUGCUCGAUCUGGAUGUGCUCGAGCAGGCACUGUUCGAGCGGCUGAUGCUGUUCAAUCCGUCCGAGUAUUUGAUACCGAACAACAUAACGACGGCCGAUACGCCCCAGAUCGCGGAAACGAAGGUCAUCCUCUAUCUGUACGGAUGCUUCGAGCGCAACGAAAAACCGCUUGAACCGAGUGACAGUGUAGCGCUGGACAACCAGCGAAAGAUGAAGGCGCUCAUCCUGCGGAACGUGUGCACCUCCCUCAAGCAGCCGGAACUGUACGAAGGACAGAACCUUUCGAACCAGGUGCUCGAUAUCUUCAAGCAGUCCGACACGGAUGAUUACACCGUGGCGGCCCGCUUCAUCUCCGAGACGGUGAGCGAAAUCUUUGCCGAUUCGGAAACGGAAUCGGACGGGUUCGCGGUGAUACGGGGCAUUUUUGGACCGAUUUUUGUGGUCGUCAUGAAAGCGCUGCGUGCUGCCUCACUCAUCACGAUCGAGCGCUGGGUGAUGCCGUUCCUGCAGGUGUUUCCGAGCGACAAGAACAACCCCCGGUUGGCGCUCAUUUUUCUCGGCUACACGAUGCCUCCGCCGGAUGCGGAUGGUAUUAAAUAUUCCGACUCACUGCUCGGACAGCUCCUAUCGCUAUCGAUAAUGCCUCGCAACCAUAAUGGACCGUACGAGUACUACGAGAAUCCGAUUUCAACGAACCGAUCGGCGAUCGACAGUCUGUCGUCGAAUCUGUGGAACUACACCAAGCUGCACCUUAGCCGGAUGCACGCGUUCGUGAAGAGUUUUCUCGUGCUGGGCGGGGACGUACGGAGCAAGAUGCUUGACUGGAUUGGGCGCUGUCUGCAUGCGAAUGUGCCCCGUGGACAGAUCUGGAACACGCACCACGGAUUGGGAAUGUUUGGCAAUCAAACGACGUCGCCCGAUUCGUUCAGCAUCAAUUUGGCCGGUGUGUUGCUGCACCUUUGCCAACCGUUGCUAAAACCACAGCUAAAGGUGCUGAUGGUCGAUCCGACGUACUGUGCCGUGAAGGAAGCGGACAAAGAAACCAAAGCUGUACACAUGCUCGAUGCGGAAAAGGAAACCUGUCUCCUGCCGCUGGAAGAUGACAAAGAGCAACGGCUCGAGGCGGAAAAGUACAACUUCGUCACGGAGUGCUUCUUCAUGACGCACAAAGCGAUCGAUCUCGGGUACCGUGUGUGUAUCGAGAAGUUUUUCCGCAUGAAUCGCGAGCUGCAUCGUUUGCAGACGAUGUACUACGAGAUGAUGGCCCAGAACGGGUCGGACGUACCGAACGAUCUGGUACAGAUGGUGUCUUCCCACAUGCAGCAAUUUCUCUGCCUACAGAACGUACUGCUAGAGCCAGAAACGGACGAACUGCUGCUCCAGUUCUACGAAGCGUCCGCCAUUUGGCUUGCUCAGCUGAGUGCACGUGACGCAUCGCAAAUCGACACCCUCGAUCCGGCCAAAGGAUUUUCACCCCAAACGCAACAACCGAUCAAUCUACCACUAACCGGUGUAGCCGUUUCCCGUGUGUUGAAAUGCAUUCCCGAGUACAUCAUCGAAAACAUUGUGGGUUAUUUGCAGUUUUCGCGCCACUUUGACAGCCGAUCGCUCCGGGUGGACGUGGACGCACAGACAGCGAUCUUCACGAUGAUACUGAUAUUUAUGGGCAGCUCGGAGCGCAUCCGGAAUCCGCAUUUGCGUGCCCGGCUCGCGGAAGGGCUCGAAAGCUUGCUGCCGAAAGAUUCGGAACCGGCCGGCUUCAGUCUCAGCGCAACACUGUUCACCAACCAUCCGCACCGGCUUGAGAUCAUACCGAAUCUGUUGCGUGUGUUCGUAAGCAUCGAAAUGACCGGGCAGAGCGUACAGUUCGAGCAGAAGUUUAACUACCGCCGCCCGAUGUACGCCAUCAUGGACUAUCUGUGGAAGAUCGACGAGCAGAAGGAGUGUUUCCGUGCGCUGGAACGGCAAGCGAUCGAAAACAUCGAGGCAGAAGAUCCGCCCAUCUUUCUGCGCUUCAUCAAUCUGCUCAUCAACGAUGCCAUCUUCCUGCUGGAUGAAUCCUUGAGCAAUCUGCAACAGAUCCGGCAGAUGCAGAGUGCACAGGACGGUGGCGAGUGGGAAUCGUUGGCACAGAACGAACGGCAGCAGAAUGUGGCCAAUCUGCGCAACCUGGGCAUGUUGGCGAGGUUCGACAACAUACUGGGCCGGGAUACGAUUAACAUUCUGCAGCUGCUAACGUCCGAAACGAAGUCAAUCUUCUGUCACUCGUCGAUGGUGGAUCGAGUGGCCGCCAUGUUGAACUACUUCCUGCUGAACUUGACCGGACCGAAGAAGGGUAACUUUAAGGUGAAGGAUAAGCGCGAAUUUGAGUUCGAUCCGGCACGGACGGUGCUGGAAAUCUGUCGAAUCUACGUUAACCUGUGUGAGUGCGAUGCGUUCUGUUUGGCCGUGUCACAGGACGGUCGAAGCUACAGUCCGCAGCUAUUUGAGUACGCGGAGCAGGUGCUUACACGCAUCGGUGGUGGUCAACUGAUUGGAGAAAUGCAAGAAUUCGCCCAGAAGGUGCAACGCAUCGAAAAGCAGCAAAAGAUUGACGAGGAAGCGCUGAUCGAUCCACCGGACGAGUUUCUUGAUCCGAUCAUGUCUUCGCUCAUGGCCGAUCCCGUCAUACUGCCCAGUUCGCGCAUUACCGUCGACCGUUCGACGAUCGCGCGCCAUCUACUGUCGGAUCAGUCCGAUCCAUUUAAUCGGUCACCGCUCACGAUGGAACAGGUGAAGCGAAACGAUGAGCUAAAGGCCAAAAUCGAUGCUUGGGUGCAGGAAAAGCGUGCGAGCCAUGCUGCAACGUUGGCAGCCGCUGCCGGCAACAGCAGUAGCAGUAGCAGCGAACAGCCGACCACACCCGUAACACCGACGGCAGCAGUCGCGAUGGAUGCGGACGAAUCCGUCGAGGACCAACCAUUAGCUCAAUAA